AAAACACAGCACACAAUAAACACAAACACAAACACACUCUCACUCUCUCUCUCUCUCUCUAAAAAGCAAAAAUACUUUUAUUUAUAUUUAUAUUUUUAUUCCCACAAUUCUUUUACUUAGACUAUAAGUUUCUUUCUCUCUCUGUAUUUGCCAACUCGGUUUCACAACUCAGCCUCAGACCCUUUUGCCAACUCAUUUGGAAUCGGUGGGUUUCACUCCCUAGUUGCAAGGACUGAGUCAACUCGGUCACCAAAGUCACCUGGGUCAUCUAAUCCUAUGUUUGUGUAUUUGAGUUGCAUGUGGUGGAUUUUCCAUGGAAACAGUGGUUGGAGUUGAGGGAAAUGAUGAAGGGAAGGUUGAGGAAACUGGGGUUGAGAAGAGUAGCUCUGCCCUUUCUUCACCAAAGCAGAUUGCUGACCCAGUUGUCUACAAACUUGUCCGGGUUGAAGGAGAUGGGAGAUUAGUGCCUGCCACAGAUGAUGAAUUAAUGGAGGUUGAGGAUUUUCUUGAAGAUGACAAGACUGAAAUGCAUGAUGUUGCUGACAGUGGGCAGACUGUAGGGCACAUAUCUGACGAAGGGGCAUCCUCUGAGAAGACUCAAUUAGAGAGCACAGAAGGUUUGUUAAAGUUGGAGAACUCAGAAGCUGAUGCUGGUAAAUUAAAUGCACGGCAUGAGGAAAUCAUUCCCUCAUCAGCGCCAAUUUUGAAUGACAACAAUAUCAAUCAAUCUGGAACCACCGUGGAGUGCCCUAAACCUCUAGAGAAAACGAUAGAAAAUGUAUCAUCAACUUCUGCUAUCCCUACUAGUUCUAGCUCAAAGCCUGAUUUUUCCAAGUUAAAUGGUGAAAUUUGCUUGGAUAAACUAUCAAUUAGAGAGCUCCAUGAAGUAUUUAAGGCAACAUUUGGGCGAGAGACUACUGUCAAAGACAAGCAGUGGCUUAAAAGGAGGAUUGCCAUGGGAUUGACUAAUUCUUGUGAUGUAUCAACCACAACUUUUACGAUUAAAGAUAAUAAGCUAGUGACGAAAGGCGAAGAAGAAUUCAAUAAGAAUGUGGAUGGUUCCUUCACCCAGGAUCCAGAAGUUGGAGCAACAGAUGUUAACAGCAAAGGUUCACCAGCUAGUCAUGGUAGCCAAAUGGAAGAUCAUCAAACUGCUUCAGGCAAAAAAUUGAGAAGCCAUAGUUUAGAACUUGAUAGUGGAAGUGAGCAUCUUCACAUAGAACAGGGAGCUGCCAAAAGAAUUCGGAAGCCCACCCGGCGAUAUAUUGAAGAAUUAUCCGAAGUAGAAUCUAAAGAUUAUAGCCAAAGGUUGAUUACUUCACCUAAGAAUGCUGUACCUGGACAGACGUCUCCAAAAUCUUCUGUCAGGCCUGUUAGAAAUGUCCCUUCAGAAGGGAGAAUUGUUGUAACCAGGUUGGACUCUCUUGGAGGAUCUGGUGUUCAGGUUCCUUAUGUUUCUCGGGUCCGAAGAAGCCGGCCAAGGAAAAACGUCAUGGCUCUUAUGAAAUUCAAUCCAAGUAGCAUGGGCAUGGCAGCUAAACUAGUAAAGAAGGCCCUUGGUGUACAUAAUUCUCAAACAGAUGAUAAUAAGAGGGACAAAGUUUUGAAAAAGAGAUCUUCUGCAGAACAGAUUCAGCAGCCGUUUUUUUCUGAAGUAGAGAAAGAUAGGCAGCGGUCAGUAAUGGGCAGAUUUGAACGGGGAGAAAAUUUGGGGCUGACACAGGCAGAUUCGUCUGGGGAUAAUUCAGAUGAUAAUGUGGUAACUGUUCCCACAGCAAAAGGUGGAAUGAGAAGGAAACAUCAUCGAGCUUGGACUCUUGUUGAGGUUAUGAAAUUGGUUGAGGGUGUAUCCAAGUGUGGAGCUGGGAGGUGGUCUGAGAUCAAACGACUGGCUUUUUCAUCCUAUUCAUACCGCACAUCUGUUGAUCUUAAGGACAAGUGGAGGAACCUACUAAAAGCUAGCUUUGCCCAGACUCCUCCAGAUGAUGGGUUGAACUCCCGGAAGCCUACUUCAAUGCCCAUCCCCGAAUCAAUUCUGCUAAGAGUAAGAGAGCUUGCUGAGAUGAAUGCACAGGUUCCUACAAGUAUCAGCUCAACCAAACCAAUAAUGGGUAGUAGAAAUUUGCACGAAACAAGAUCUGGGUACUUGUAACAUUGUAAAUAAUACCAUUUGAGCUGUCUAAAAUGAAAAUAAAGUUACUAAUCUGUAUGCAUAAAGCGCCUCCAUGAUAUCCAGUUUUAUGAUGCUUUUGUAUGGAUGUUGGUGAUAGGCAUAAAGGAAGUUUAUGAAAGAUUUACUCUUGCUAUGAAAGCAUUCUUAUUUCUGUUUUUGAACCAUAA